UUUCGCACCGCACCAUCCCCAGUCCCCGACUCCACAAGUCCACAGAGCUCAGCUGCAGCUCAGCUCAGCUCCCUAUAAAUCACACGGCUGGCCACGGCCACGCCGCCACCACUCACUCCAUUCCAUUUCACCAAGACCACCGCUGCUUCCCCAGCCAGCAGCUCUCGGAGGCACAGAGAUCCAUUCGGCGGGAGCCAGGACCAGGAGAGAUCGUGAUGGCAGACGCCGCCGGCCGCGCCGCCGCUCCGGGCGGCCCGUCGUCGUCGGGGUGCCGCGGCGGGCGCGGGUGCGGGCUGGCGCUGGGGCGGCUGGUGCGGAAGCUGCGGCGGCAGAGCCGGAUGCUGGUGUGCACGGCGGGGGCGCGCCACGCCCACGGCCACGCCGCGUCGUCGUCCGCGCGGUGCCACCAGUACGACCCGCUCAGCUACGCGCGCAACUUCGACCUGGGCACGGCGCUGGACGGCAGCGAGGGCUACUACUCCUUCGCCUCCCGGUUCGUGCUCGCCGCGGCCCCCGCGCGGCGGCCGCAGUAGGAACAUGCCGGCGAGGCCAGGUCGAGGCGCCAGCCCGAUGGACGCGGCCGGCUUGGUGGCUGGAGCCGCGAGUACUGCUAGCUCAUUAGCCUGCCAUUGGCGUUAGCUCGUAGCUAGAGUUCAGUUCGUUUAGGUGCAGUGGUUCUUGUACGGCAUGUGUAGUAACGGGUGGAUGUGUUUAUACGAGAUUGAGAUGUGGUGGUGGCUGUAAAAGAGUUUCCCCGGCAGGCA